AUGUCUCGUCUUCUCUACGCGCUUGGUGCGCUGGCCUUGGGCCAAACUGCGCUGGCGGCUCCCCAGUUGUCUCCUCGUGCUACUGCCAGUUUGGAUUCUUGGCUGGCCACCGAGACUACUUUCGCCCUUAACGGAAUCCUAAACAAUAUCGGUGCCAGCGGUGCUUAUGCCCAGAGCGCCAAAAACGGCGCUGUGAUUGCCAGUCCUAGCACCAGCAACCCAAACUAUUACUAUACAUGGUCCCGAGACUCUGCGCUCACCUUGAAGGUUCUCAUUGAUCUCUUCCGUAAUGGAAACCUGGGCCUGCAGACCAUUAUUGAGGAAUACAUCAAUGCACAGGCUGAUCUGCAGACCGUAUCCAACCCCUCUGGGGAUCUCUCCAAUGGUGCUGGCCUCGGUGAGCCCAAGUUCAACGUGGACCUGUCCGCAUUCACUGGCGCCUGGGGCCGUCCUCAACGCGAUGGCCCCGCUCUACGCGCCAUUGCACUGAUUGACUUUGGUAACUGGCUGAUCGAUAACGGAUACCCUAGUUAUGCUGUCAACAAUGUGUGGCCAAUUGUCCGCAACGACCUGUCUUACGUUGCUCAGUACUGGAGCCAAACUGGCUUUGAUCUCUGGGAAGAAGUCAACAGCAUGUCCUUCUUCACUGUUGCUAACCAGCACCGUUCUCUUGUUGAGGGAAGCGCCUUUGCUAGCCGGGUUGGAGCUUCUUGCUCUUGGUGCGACUCGCAGGCUCCCCAGAUCCUCUGCUAUUUGCAAAGCUUCUGGACCGGUUCCUAUAUCAAUGCGAACACUGGCGGUGGUCGCUCCGGAAAGGAUGCCAACACUGUUCUCGCCAGCAUUCACACCUUUGACCCCGAGGCAACCUGCGAUGAUACCACCUUCCAGCCAUGCUCUUCUCGUGCCCUUGCAAACCACAAGGUCUACACCGACUCGUUCCGUUCUAUCUAUUCACUUAACUCUGGCAUCGCUGAGGGUGUUGCCGUCGCUGUUGGCCGCUACCCCGAAGACUCAUACUAUAACGGCAACCCGUGGUUCUUGUCAAACCUGGCUGCCGCUGAGCAAUUGUACGAUGCGAUCUACCAAUGGAACAAGAUUGGUUCUAUCACUAUCACUAGCACCUCUCUGGCCUUCUUCAAAGAUGUCUACAGUUCUUCUGCCGUCGGCACCUAUGCUUCAGGUAGCUCAACCUUCACAGCCAUCAUCAACGCUGUGAAGACCUAUGCCGAUGGUUACGUUAGCAUCGUACAGGCUCACGCCUUCACCAACGGUUCUCUCUCAGAGCAAUACGACAAGAGCAGUGGGCUCUCUCUCUCUGCCCGUGAUCUCACCUGGUCUUAUGCCGCACUGCUCACUGCGAACAUGCGCCGCAACGGCGUCGUCCCUCCUUCGUGGGGCGCUAGUUCCGCCAACACCGUCCCUUCUUCUUGCUCCAUGGGCUCUGCUGCCGGCACUUACGCUACUCCCACCGCAACCUCCUGGCCCAGCACCCUGACCAGCGGUACCCCAGUUUCCACCACUUCUACCUCUACCUCUACCUCCUCCGGCUCAUGCACUACCCCAACCUCCGUUGCCGUAACCUUCGAUGAGCUUGCCACCACCACCUAUGGCGAGAAUGUUUACAUCGUCGGUUCUAUCUCGCAGCUGGGUAGCUGGAACACCGCCAAUGCCAUCCUCCUAAGCGCCAGCCAGUACACUUCUAGCAACCCAUUGUGGUUUGUGACUAUCAAUCUCCCCGCCGGCACCACGUUCCAGUACAAGUAUAUCCGGAAGGAGACAGACGGGUCAAUUACAUGGGAGAGUGACCCCAACCGCUCUUACACUGUGCCUGCGGCAUGUGGAACCACCACGACUACUGAGAAUGAUACAUGGCGUUAA